UCCUCCGCACCUCCAAUUAGCAUGGUUGGCUAUGUACAGUGUGACAAAAGUUCUACAUAUGUACACACACACACAAACCUGAAACUUCACUUGGUGCUAGGUUGUGCGGCACUCUGCCAUAUUUCUUAAUGCUUGGAUUAGUUUGACAUGCUGGGAAUACAAAAGGAAAAUGUGAUGGUGACAUCACAAUUUACAUUAACUUUCUGAAAUGUAAUCAUCACAUGAUACAAAGUCUCUUGCCACUUCAUUUGUGGAAUUGGGUUUCGAAUUGGCUCACAGCUCACCGUUGCUGUUGGUUUUCUCUUCUCUUGCACCACAUCUCAUCCCAGGUCACUCUUGCAAACGAAACCCUGUCCUGCUUCUUUGAGUUCUCACAUGGCUAAACAAAUUAAACCUGAUCUUGAUCAUUCUCGACAGCUCCACAGCAACCAGUAGGCUCAUCCCUCCCACCUGACCUCUCAAAUGCUUUUAUUACAUUUCUUUUUUUAAGGAAAUCUUCGGUUAAUAUUUUAGCGGAUUCAACUUUAUAUUAUUUCUACUUAGUAUCACUAAGGUUCGAGUGCUUGACUCACAAUCGAACGGAGGUUGUGUUCCAUGCCUCGCCGUGGCGGUUGAAACGUUCGGCAAGUUUAUUCAAUCACCGUGCCUCUGUCCACCCACCCUAUUAAAUACGGGUACGCUGCACUCAAUCGGCGGAUUGAGUGUAGUGGGGAAAAGUCUGGGUAAUGCCACCUCUUCCGAGACGUCUAGUCAGUGUGGAAGAGUAGGCCAAAUAUCCGCUGGAUGGGCUCUCUAGAGCUCCCUCUAGUUGAAGCCCUUCUGCCAGCAGUGUCAUGAGCAGGCAAUUGCAGGACUGCACCUUUACCCUUUUUUGUUACCUUUUAUUUAAUUCCCCCAGGGUUGACGAGAUGUUUUGUAUUUUCUGGUUGUCCUGCACCCGCCCCCGUUAGUGGUAUUCCUACCACCGGACAUUUUUACCUCGUUGUUCGCUGGAGCUGGGAGGAACUUUGACAUCACAGCAGAGCUGCAGCUCCUGCACUUUCGGGUUAAACUUACAUUUCGUGGAUGGGUGUGUGAUGUGCUUUGACUGUGUUCUGAUAUUGGUUCUGUGUAGCCUGUUUCUUGUCCCUGUAGAGCCAGCUGUUCAUGUUCUGGAGUUCACAAGUUGCACACGUAGCAUCUACGAGGCCUGGCACUCGAUGUGGCUCGGCCGCGGUGAACCCUGCCCGCUACUCGAUUGCGAGAAAGCCCUCCGUUGAUUGAGCUGUUUUAGAGGAGAUGAAGCAAACCCGCCCUCGCACUACGCGGCUGUUUGAGCAAACAGGUCUCAUUAAAAUCGCACGCGACGUAUGGCUACACAGCCUGUGGAUGUUUUUUGUCUUUCUACGGUUGAGAAUUUGUGAAGUAGUUUGGAAAUGUUAUGCUCAUCAGAAUGACAGAUGUAUUUGCUCCGAAUAAGGCUAAAAUCGGUUGCACUUAUAUUUACAAUUAAUAGCAAAAUAAAAAUUUGAGACCAACAUUUUUUUGUUAUAAUUUUUUUCUAUUAGAUCCUUGGCUCUAUAAAUUCAAUGUACAUUUUACAUUUUUACAGUGUCUGAUGAUGUGUCAGCAUUGUGGCACAUGGCAAAAUAAACGUAAGGACAAAAACAUUUUUCUAAAAAUCUGUUAUUUUGUUCAGAGUAAGGAGGAGGACAGUACAACAUUGGCUGAUGUAACAUGUGUAAAUAGUGCACGCAUCCUAUUUGCUGUUGCGGCUCCAGCUCAUUGUAUUGUGGUAACUCGCCACACAUCCGCAGUGGACCUCACCUGUCCAGGCGUCAGCCCCCACACAGCACGCCGCACCUGUGUGAAUAAUGAAUACCCUGCCCGGCGUUCCCCUUGGUCCCACGGUGAAAUAACUGGAUUGCGCAGGAGGCUGCCUGGCAGCAACAAUAUCCCAAAUGCUCGUGCCUUCCUGUGAUCCCAGAGCUCGUGGCAUGCGCCUCUUUGGGCACCUGUCGCAGUGACGGCUGCUUGCGCUAGCGGACUGUGUUAUCCCAUAACCGUGGGAGGACUGCGCCAUUAUUGAGUGAGAAUUUCCAAAAAAACACGGGGGAGACUUGAGGUCUGAAAAAGUGUAAUUAGUCGUGCUGAGUUUGUGAUUGGGAAGUGGUGUAGGAGGCUGUGCGCCCGUAAUGUUGUUUUUGUUUCUCGCACAAAGCGCCUCCCGUGAAAUUGCUAUGGGGGCUCCGUGGAUCUCACUUUCGCCCGCUUGCCUGGGUGCACGUUUGUUGUUCCUGAUGUCCAACUAACGCAUUUCUCGGAGCUGCCCAGCACGGCUUUCAAACCACCCCAAUCACUUCUGCUUUUCGUGGUUUUCUUGACUCCUUUUGCGGCGUUUGUGGAAAAGCGGACGUGACGUGCCAACCCACGCUUGCUCCGUGUGGCAAAAGGAAAGGUUUUUUUUUUUAAUCUGAAACGAGACUGUAUACUUCCCCGCGGCAGAAUUUCCCAAACACUCCCCAACACCACGGUUGAAAAUUAGACGGCUCCGAGAGGAACUCGGCUUCUCGGUUCGACGCGCAAUUAAACCCCGGGAUUAAUUUUAGAUUGAGGAACUUGCCGAGGCCAUAUAUGUUCCCACUCGUUGAGAGAAAGCCGUGUUGAUUGCUGCGCCCGUUCGGACACGGAGCCGGUGGAGCGCUGCUGCCCAGCGGUGUGCGGUCGGCCGACACGCGCGCUCUAAUAGCCGCGCGGAGACGCACCGCCCGCCGAUGUCCGUGGCUGCCCUCCCCGCUCCGUGGAGACUCGUGGACUUGGGAGCCCGAGUCAAAGCGCGCAUGCCGCUCGGCCGCCGUAGGAAGCUCCUGCUCCCAGCCGAUUCGAACAAAAUGCACCAUGCCGGGGAGGGGCUCCACCGGCCCGUGACGGCCAGCCUGUCAGGCUGCAGCAUCGCCAGCGAGUCGGAGAGCAGCAGCCUCUCAGAUAUCUUCCAGACGGAGAGCGAGCUGGGCGACAUGGACCUGACGGGCCUCACGGAGACCGUGGUGGACUCGGACGAGGACGACGAGGAGGACCUGGACCAGGCGUCCAUGUCGGUGUCGAGCCGCGACAUGGUGCGCGACUGCCUGGAGAAGGACCCCGCAGACCGCACCGACGAUGACAUCGAGCAGCUGCUCGAGUUCAUGCACCAGUUCCCGGCGUUCGCCAACAUGACCAUGUCGGUGCGGCGCGAGCUGUGCGCCUCCAUGGUGUUUGCCGUGGUGGAGAAGGCCGGCACCGUGGUACUGCGCGAUGGAGAGGAGCUGGACUCGUGGUGCGUAAUCCUGAACGGCUCGGUGGAGAUCAGUCGCGCCGAUGGGCGCACCGAGACGCUGUGCAUGGGCAACUGCUUCGGGGUGUCGCCUUCCAUGGAGAAGGAGCUCAUGACCGGCGUCAUGAAGACCAAAGUGGACGACUGCCAGUUUGUGUGCAUAGCGCAGAAGGAUUACUGCCGCAUCCUCAACAAGGUGGAGCGCAAUAUGCAGAAGGUGGAGGAGGAGGGCGAGAUCGUCAUGGUGAAGGAACACCGCGAGCUCGACCGCACCGGCACGCGCAAGGGCCACAUCGUCAUCAAGGGCACCCCCGAGAGACUCAUCAAUCACCUGGUGGAGGAGCACUCGGUGGUGGACCCCACCUAUGUGGAGGACUUCCUGCUCACCUACCGCACGUUCCAGCCCCACGGCCUCGACAUCGGCAAGCGUCUGCUGCAGUGGUUCAACGACUCCAGCCUACGAGACAAGGUGACCCGGGUGGUGUUGCUCUGGGUGAACAACCACUUCAACGACUUCGAGUCCGACCCUGACCUCAUGCAGUUCUUGGAGAACUUUGAGAGCUGCCUGGAGAGAGAGAAGAUGCACGGCCACCUGCGGCUGCUGAACAUCGCGUGCGCGGCCAAGGCGCGCGUGCGCCACGUGACGGUGCGACGGGCGUCUCGCGAGUCCCCGCUGGGCUUCAAGCUCGACGGCGGGCAGGACCGCGGCUUCCCACUCUACGUCUCCUCCCUGGACCUGCAGAGCAAGGCCAGCGAGAGCGGCCUCAAGCGUGGAGACCAGAUUCUGGAGGUGAACGGUCAGAACUUUGACAAUGUGCUGUUGUCACAAGCCAUGGACAUCAUGAAGAAGAGCACCCAUCUCUCCAUCACCGUCAAGAACAACCUUCUCAGUUACAAGGAGAUCUGCCACCGGCUGGAGGAGGAGCAGACGAGUGGCGUGCAGCACAAGCCUCGCAUCGCCGACAAGCGCUACUCCAUCCCCGACCUCACCGUGCAGCUCGAGCUGCCGCCCGGCCACGAGCGCUCCAAGGACAAGAAGGGCAACUCCAUGGGCAAGAGCAAGCUCAAGAAACUCAUGACCAAGUCCAAGAUCAAUCUCCUGCCCACCAAACCAUCCAGCGAGGUGGCGGUCACCCAGGACGACAUCGUGCUGGGCGUUAAGGCCCCGCGGCCGUGCCCCGCGCCGCUGCCCACGCCCGCCAGCCUCUCCUCCUCGAACCCCGACCUCGUGCAGUGCCACGGAACGGCGGAGCUCGGCACCGCACCAGACGGAAUUCCUGUCAACAUCCCAGACCAGGUGGUGAAGGUGUAUCGGGCGGACCAGAGCAGCCGCUACGUGAUGGUGAGCCGCGAGAGCAGCGCCCGCGAGGUGGUGCUGGCAGCCCUGCGCGAGUUCCAGGUGUGCGAGGCGGCCGAGGCCUACUCGCUGUGCGAGGUGUCCGUCAGCCCCGAGGGCUUCAUCAAGCAGCGACGGCUGCCCGACCACCUCAACAAGCUGGCGGAGAGCAUCCAGCUGAACGCACGCUACUACCUGAAGAACAACUCCCAGACGGAGCCACUGUGCUCCGACGAGCACGCCCAGGAGCUGCUCAAGGAGAGCCAGAUAUCGCUGCUCCAACUGAGCACGCUCGAGGUGGCCACGCAGAUCUCCAUCCGCGACUUCCAGAUCUUCCGCAGCAUCGAGCCCACGGAGUACGUGGCCAACCUGUUCCGCCUGGGCGGUGCGGCCGCCUGCGAGCACCUGCAGGCCUUCGAGGAGACCCUCAACCGCGAGACCUUCUGGGUGCCGUCGGAGGUGUUGCGCGAGACGGGCCUGCUCAAGCGAGUGAAGCUCAUCAAGCAUUAUCUCAAAAUCGCACUCAACUGCCGGGACAGCCGCAACUUCAACUCCAUGUUCGCCAUCAUCAGUGGGCUGAGCCACUCGUCGGUGAUGCGCCUGCGCAGCGCCUGGGACAAGUUGCCAUCCAAGUACGAGAAGCUGUUCUCCGACCUGCAGGACCUGUUUGACCCCUCGCGCAACAUGGCCAAGUACCGCAACCUCCUGAGCAGUCCCAGUUUGCAGCCGCCAAUCAUCCCACUGUUCCCGGUUGUCAAGAAGGAUCUGACCUUUCUGCACGACGGGAACGACUCGCGCGUCGAGGGCCUGGUCAACUUCGAGAAGCUGCGCAUGAUCGCCAAGGAAGUGCGGCACGUGGGGCGCCUGGCCUCGGCCAACCAAGACCCCGCCGUCAUGUUCCGUCACCGCAAGAGGAAGUGGAAGAGGCUGGGGUCGCUGAGCCAGGGCAGCACCGGCUCGGCGCUGGAGGCCGCGCAGGCCAGCGGCCACAAGAAGCGUCAGCGACGCAGCUCCUUCCUCAACGCCAAGAAGCUGUACGAGGAGGCGCAGAUGGCGCGGCGCGUGCGCCAGUACCUGGCGUGCCUCGUGGUGGAGCGCGACGAGGACCAGCUGCAGAUCAUGUCGCUGCAGUGCGAGCCCGCGAGCAACACCCUGCCGAGAGCGGCCGACAAAAAGGUACAGAAGACCGAGUCGUCCCCGGGCAGCUCGCGCUCCGCCCCUGCCAAGCAGCAGGCCGUGCCGGCCGUCACGCUGCACCCGUCGGGCCGCGCCGUGCCCGUCAGCUCGCUGCCGCCCUUCGGGAUCACUUCGCAUCAGUCCCUGCAGAAGAUCCUUUCACUGUCGGAGGAGGCGAACCAGGACAAGCACAAGCACAAGUCGGAGGAUUCCCUGUCCAUCACCUCCUCGCAGUCCGACCCCUCGGCAUCGCCGCACAACUCGCCCCGCAGAGUGGCCAUUCGGCUCAAGAGGCAGGGCUCGCACCACUCUGACAUGGGCCCCAGCUCCUCCAUGGCCAGUGAGAACAGCAACCGCAACAACAACGCCGCCCGCGCUAACAGCUUCGGCUGCAUGAACUCCACCCAGACGGAGAUGACCGGAGACCCGGGGGCGAACCUGAUGUCAGACCGCACCAGCCUGCACAGCUACACGCUCUGCUCGCAGUGCCAGCAGGGCGUGUGCCUGCGACACCCCGCGUCACGGGAGUGCGCGGACCGCGUGUCGGUGGCGCCGAUGCUGGACAGCGGACGCAGCAGCUGGACGUCGUGCUCCAGCGGCUCCAACGACAACAUUCAGGUCGUUCAGCGCAAGAAAUCGUGGGAUGACCACGCGGGGUCCCUCCCCGAGAACUCCGAGUCCCCCCCCGGCUCGCGCGUCACGCACCUCCACGCCGAAGUGCCGGCCUCCAAGCCGCCGGCCCCGCACGCCGGCCGGGCCCCGGGCAGCUCCCUCGCCGCCAAGCCGCCCGCGAGCGCCCCGGCGCCGGCGGAGGGGAGGGCCGCCGCACCGCCCGCGUGCGGCGAGCGGGACGCAUCGGCAUCCCCGGAACACCCGAGGAAAGCCAAAAAGCACCCGGAGGCCACGCAGAGCUCCGCACGGCCGCUGGUCUACGGCGGGAAGGCGGCGGAGCAGGUGCUGAAGAUCAGGCAGCUCAAGCAACACAGCCACGACAUGCUCAUGCCGACGCACCACAGGCGGGCACCGUCCGAAGACGUCCAGGCGGCGGAGGUCGCGGACCGGGCCCCGGACGUUAACGGGGGAGAGAGGGGAGGUGGGAGCCUGGAGAGGCGAGGACCCAGGGACGGGAACGGGGCGUGUCGCUCCUCGCCGGUCGUGCGCAGCAAGUCGGUGGACUCGAGCGGCGCCCGCGACGCCUCGCCGGCCGCCCCCCCUGCGCCCGAGGGAGCCGCACAGCCCCGCGGUGCCGGUGCGGGAGACGCGCGCAAGAGGGUGCCGCCGCCGGCGCCCCCGGGCUACGUGGCCUCGCAGGGCGAGCGCCGGCCCCCGGACUACAGCGUGGCCGUGCAGCGCUCGCGCCUCGUCAACUGUAGCGCCGACUCCCCGCUGGGGCAACGCCCGCGCAGCACCCUGCCCCCCGAGCACCCCCUGCUCACGUCCGGCCGCGCGUCGGCGCUGUCCAGCCCCCAGCGCGCCUCCCCCGUGCACGGGCAGCACACGUCGGUGACGGCGCGACCGCUGUCGUACCAGCCGCUCCCGCCGCCGGCAGACGAGGAGCAGGUUUCAGCCGUUUGAAGCUCGGGAGAGAUGCAAGCACCGGCGGAGGCGUGUGGGUGGAGAAGAGUGGGGCCCUCUCGGGGACACACGCACACAACCCCCGUGCCUCCUCCCUCCGUGACUGUCCCCCUGAGCGAGGCACCACAGCUUCGUGGAGCCGCGUUCCUGCGAAGCCUAGUGGCUUCUGAAGGGUUGAAGGACGCUUGCUCCAUAUAAUUGAACUUCCAUCCUUCAUUGCCCUACCACCUUCUCGACCGACCUCCAUCAAGCAUAAAGCAUCUCUCCUUCCGUCGACCGAAAUGAAGCAGUGCUCAACAACGGGAAUCAAAAAAACCUGCCUGAAGGCUCGGCCAUUGGUCACACUCGUGUUUUGGCUCGUGAGCGCGAUUAGGAAGAGGGGGAAAGAGGACAACACUACAGGUGUAGUCGGUACAAUGAAGCAACCAUUUCAGCAUAUAGUCUUGUUAUUUACCGUACGCGAGAGGCUCACUUAAGUACAUUUGAGACUAAACUAUUUGCGUGCACAGUGCAGAGUUGCUCACAGCCAUUUUGUGCGCCGUGUUGUGGUGUCACCGUAAGCGGUGCGCGUGGCCGCAGCGGUCACCCAUCGUCUCGUUGGAGGCGUCUCGAUAGCCAGGCACACCCCGAGCACACGAGGGGGCCACCGUGUCCACAUCACCGCCGUUCAUAUGUAGAGCUUCUUGGCUGUGAGUGACAAAACGCUCCUUGGUGUGUAAGUGUAACGUGCGUUACAGGGUGGCCGUUGUGUUGACGUUGUCAUCGCGUGUUUGGAAUAUACAUACAUGAACUGGCAACUGAAAAGCAGCGAACAAACUCGCCCAGCACGUGCCGUAACGGAACACCGCGAUGGCUCCCACCGGAGUUGCGAUUGCUGUCGGUGAUGGUACUCGUGUAGCUCCGUGACAUCAAUAGGUGGUAAUAGACUGUCGAGUGAUGUGAGUGGUGCUAUAAUUCCGUCGCUUGCUCCUGUCGCUGCCAGUGGGCCUCUGAUGCGUGUAUGUGAGCUGAUGAGCGCGAAUGAAAAUCCCACGUGGCAGACUCCCGAAUUCAUCGAGACGUACACCGGUGCCCGUUCAGGCUCCCUUCAAGCCAGGAACCCAAUAGCGGCAGCCUCUGCCCUCUUUUUAAUCUACACAAAACGCCCACGCUCUGGAGAGCGAUAUUUUGGCUUUUUAGGGUCCUUGGCAGUAAUCACUGUUAUAAGGCGCUUUUGGUAACUUUUGCAAAGUUUUAAAACUAAUAUUCCCUGUCCAGCAUCGCUCAGAGAGGCCCCCCCCCGAGAGCCACGGGCAGGCCUCCUGUGGCUGCUCGCUCAGCCGAUGGCGGGUGAGGUUAGUCCCCCCCCAACGCCCCCCCGUCACUACCCUGCACCAAUUCACCCCGUGGGCCGCGAGGAGCCCCCCCGAUCCCCAUCGUGGCUGGGAGACGGCGGGCGGGCGAGCAAGCGAGCGGUCGGAUUGGCGUUUGUCGGGACGGUUUGUGACGCACUGCUGGAAUGACUGUCUCCGCGCCGCGGACACGACCAGCAGCGCACCGAUGAGAUGGCCCCGCUGUGGCAGGGACUCGCGGCCCCUUUGCACGUCGCCUGCGUCACGGUGGCACAAAGUCAAGAGUUGGGGAGGUUCUGCAAUCAAAAAAACAACAAACGUUUUGCGAAAUGAAAAGAGCACAGUCAAAAGAAUAUUUAAUCCGCAGGUCAUGUUUAUAUGUCUUAACUGUAUCAGUGCUUAGAAGUGUUUCAAUCGUUGCACAGAUAACAUAUUUUCGCAUUUUCUAAUCAUGCACAUUUGUAGCGAAGGUGUUUUAAGCAGCUGACUCCCAUGUGAUGCGCGAUCGAGUUGUAAAUGAGAUUUUGUAUGAUAAUCAUUUUGUCAUCACAACUGAUCAUAUUGAUUGGUUUGAAGGGAUUUUAGGAGUUUUAAGGAAAUGUCGCUUGGCAUUAACACACUAAUGGUAAAAACCUUUUUGUAACACUAAAUUCCCACCUAUAUUUUGCCAGUUAAUAAAAUGUACAAUGUGUAGUCUUAUAACCUUGCUGUCUGUGAAGCUCGUUACUGUGUAAUUUACACUCAUGUACAAUAUUAGGUUGAUUAAACAGUGCAUUGAUACAUAAAA